UGUAUUUUAAAGUAAAUGGACCUCAGCAAGUUUACCUCGGAGGGAAAACCCUGUAUGUGUACAGAGGGCGGCAGAGGGUGGACAUACAAACGGCAGGAUUUCCCCAAAGCAAGAGCAUCUCCAAGACCCCGGCUUCUAGGAAACACAGAGCUGGGGUGCACGCGGUCGAUCCUUCCCUCAUGCGGAGCAGCAAGAACAGAAAAUGCAGAGAUCCCUGGAGACGCAAGGCAGAGACCAGCGACCCCUGCAGCAGCCCAGGAAGAGACAGAACUCGCAGGCCCCCACCUUGAGUUGCUCAGUCCCACCCAGCUCCAUUCCCUCCCCAGCCCAGGACAGGUGGGGAGGUGUGACCGCUGGGAAGCGGCAGGCCUUCCAGGCAAACGCUCGGCACUGGCAGGGCUCCUGCACGGGGCGUCGGCGAUGUUCGUGGUGAGAGACGGCAGUGGGGCAGCGUGUAUAAUGGCCAACUUCUCUGCUGCCUUCUGGACCAGCUACGACACCAAGAGUGGGCCGCAGAACAUCACCUUCUCUCUGCCAUCCAGCGCAAAAGUCCUGAACAGCAGCUCGUGUGGGCACGAGAACACUUCCGACCCCAGUCUCGGGGUUGCUUUUGGGCCAGGACACACCCUGGUCCUCAAUUUCACAAGGAACACAACGCACUACGGCGUCCGGCUGAUGAGGCUUACAUACAACUUGUCGGACGCUCACAUCUUCCCCAACGCAAGCGCUGUCGGUACCCGGACCGCGGAGUCCGUCCCCGACAUCGGGGCAGACAUAGACAAGAAGUACCGCUGUGUCAGUGGCAUGCAGGUGCACACGGGCAACGUGACGGUCGUGCUGCGUGACGCCACCAUCCAGGCCUACCUCUCGGGCGGCAGCUUCAGCAAGGGAGAGUCACGGUGUGCUCAAGAUGGGCCAGGCCCAACUACUGCGCCGCCCAGCCCCUCACCCUCACCCACGCCCGAGAGCCCCCCCGUGGACAAGUACAGCGUGAACGGCACCAACGGCACCUGUCUGCUGGCCACCAUGGGGCUGCAGCUGAACGUCACCUACAUGCGGAAGGACAGCACGCUGGUGACAAAGGUGCUCAACAUCAACCCAAACAAGACGUCGGCCGGCGGCAGCUGCACUCCCCAGCUGGUGACCCUGGAGCUGCACAGCGAGGACGUGGACCUGCUGCUCUUCCAGUUUGGCAUGAAUGCGAGUUCUAGCCGGUUUUUCCUGCAAGGAGUCCAGCUGAACAUGACUCUCCGCGACGCCAAAGAGCCCGCCUUCAGAGCCGCCAACAGCUCGCUGCGAGCCCUGCAGGCCUCGCUGGGCAACUCGUACAGGUGCAGCGCCGAGGAGCGCCUGCCGGUCACAGAAGCCUUCUCCGUCAACGUCUUCAAGGUGUGGGUCCAGGCCUUCAGGGUGGAAGGAGACAAGUUCGGAUCUGUGGAGGAGUGUCUGCUGGACGAGAACGACAUGCUGAUCCCCAUCGCUGUGGGCGGCGCCCUGGCAGGGCUGGUGCUCGUGGUGCUCAUCGCCUACCUCAUCGGCAGGGAGGGGGGUGCAGGCAGCAGGGGCGUGGUGGGGGACAUCUACAAGGAGGGGUGCAUCCCACCUUAG